AAAAGCUGCCUUGAAUGCGUCAUUUACAAUUCGUGGACAUCGUGACAGGGAUUUGCAUUACAGUCGUUACCAUGGAAGGAUCUUACAAUUUCACCCCUGACCUAAAUUCGACACCGUCCAUCCGACCGACCAGCGGCCCCCCUCCACCGGUAUCAGUUGCCGCCGUGACCAUCAUUCUCCUCGUCAUCGUGACGGGAGUUCUCGGUAACAUCUUGGUCUGUCUUGCCGUCACACAGUUCAAAAAUCUUCGCACUGUGGCCAACUAUUUCGUGGUGUCUCUGGCCCUGGCCGAUCUACUAGUCUGCACCGCCAUCAUGCCGUUUGCCCUGUACCUGGAGAUCACCGGUGGGAAGUGGUACCUCCACCAGGCUCUGUGCCGGGUCUGGACGGCUCUUGACAUCAUGCUCUCAACAUCCUCAAUCUUUCACCUCUGUGCCAUUUCUGUGGAUCGUUUCAGUGCCAUCACGGCACCCAUUAAGUACGUUGCGAAGAGAACAAGAAACAUGGCCUUCAGCCGCAUUGCUCUUGUGUGGCUUUUGUCCUCAUUCGUGUCCGGUCCUGCUCUAUUCCUGACACUCGUUGAUGAGAACAUGUCUUGCAUUGUCUAUGUGAACGCCACCGUGUAUGCAGUAUGCUCCUCUGUGUUCUCAUUCUACAUCCCUUGCCUGGUGAUACUCGUGGUGUACUUUAAGAUCUACGACGCUGCCAAGAGGCGAGCGAGGCGGGCCAUCGGACCAGCCCCAGUGAGAACCGUCUCAAAAACACCCCAAGUCACGCCGAACAAGUUUAGUCCGGACGGCAGUCACGGUGUUGAGGCAGGUCCGAGCAGUGCCAACGGGGAGGCGGCCCCUCCUGUGAACCCCCUGGCUAGGCGACCCGGACUCCGACUAGAGGGUGUUGACUCCGUAGCGGACAUGCUAUCCACCAGAGCCAAAGCCCAGUCGCGGAUCUCCCUAGUGCACGAGAGGAGAGCAGCCCGUACCAUCGGCAUUGUUGUCGGUGCCUUCAUAGUCUGCUGGCUUCCAUUCUUCACACUUCACAGUAUUUUCAACCCUCUAUGCUCAUCCAGCCUUAUGCCGUGUGAGGCUGUGCCAACACUUUACCGCGUCUUCACAUGGGUUGGGUGGUGCAACUCCACCCUAAACCCCAUCAUCUAUACCGUGUUUAAUGAUGAAUUUCGCCAAGCGUUCCACAAAAUUUUACGGUGUAGGCGAAGUCGAUAG